AUGUCUUCAAAGUUCGAAGAUAUUGUCGAAAAAGCCAUCGAUGCAAUUUCUGAGGAAUUGCGUGAAAUAAGCCUAAAGAUACAUGAUAAUCCAGAACUCGCUCUCGAAGAAAAUUUCGCACACAAAAUUCUUUCGGAUUAUCUUGAAUCAAAAGGAUUUACAGUGAAACGACAUGCUUAUGGGUUGAAAACUGCGUUUCGUGCUGAAUUUGAAAAUAAAACGAAUCAUGAAGAAAAGAAAAGGACCGUUUCAUUCAACUCCGAAUAUGAUGCAUUACCCGGAAUCGGACAUGCAUGCGGACAUAAUUUGAUUGCGAUUUCUGGCGUUGCUGCUGCUUAUGGUGUAAAGUGCUCGAUUGAAGCUUUAAAUCUUCCUGGAAAAGUUGUUUUGUUUGGUACUCCAGCUGAAGAAAAAUACAGUGGAAAAGUUAAAAUCAUUUCAGCUGGCGCGUAUAAAGAUGUCGAUAUUUGCAUGAUGGUUCAUCCCGCAUGGGUUGAUACAGUUGAGCCGGUUUAUUUAGCAAUUCGUAGAGCUGAAGUAGAAUAUUUUGGAGUGGCUGCCCAUGCUGCAGCAUCGCCUUGGGAAGGUAAAAACGCCCUUGAUGCAGCUGUGCAAGCGUAUAAUGCUCUUUCAAUGCUCAGACAACAAGUAUUCCCAUCCGACAGAAUUCACGGAAUAAUCACAAACGGAGGAAAGGCAGCAAAUAUUAUUCCCGAUUACGCAAGCUUGAGUUUUUAUAUUCGUUCAAGAAGGUACGCAAAUUUGGCGCCACUGCAAGAAAAAACUAGUGCUUGUUUCACGGCAGCGGCUGAAGCUGCUGGGUGUAAAUACAAGAUCGAUUGGACAGAUGGGUUAUUUGGCAGAGAUAGAUUUGAGAAAUAUAUGACGGAACGUGGAGUAAAGUACCUGCCCAAUGUCGUUGAUUUGACUGGGUCUACGGAUAUGGGAAACGUUAGUUACAAUAUACCAGGCAUUCACGUGUUGUUUAACAUCGGAGAAGAGAAUACUCGCACGCCCAAGUUUCACACUAUCGAGUUCGAAAAACUUGCCAAAACAUCCACGGCUCACGUAAAAACUAUACGAGCGGCGAAAUGUUUGGCGUUGACUGCAUUGGAUGUGCUGACGGAUGAUCAACUGUUUAGAGAAGUGAGGAAAGAUUUUGAGGAUGGUGUUCAACCAAAGAUUUGA